AUAUAUCUAUAUCCAAAGGAUUACCUAGCAGCUAUAUAACCCACUGGCUCAUCCUUGAAUCCCUUCAGUUUGCUAUUCGAAGUAACCAAACCUAUCAAAAUGUCUUUCCUAGGCAAGGAAUACAAAUUUGAGAGGCAGGAGAACUUUGAGGAAUUCGUGAACUCUUUGGGUCUUCCCGCAGAGCAGACUCAAGGUUACCUCAACUACAACCCCAUCUUGAAGUACACCAAGAAUGGAGACUCGUACACCCUGACUUCCGUCACUGCUCAGGGCACGAAGGAGGUCUCCUUCAAGUCUGGAGUCGCCUUCGAUGAGACCGUAGCUGGCAAGAAGGUCAACACCACUUACACCGUUGACGGUGACACCAUCACACAGGUCCAGAAGUCUGAUGAUGGAGUCCUCACCAUCACCAGGACUUUCUCUGGAAAUGAGUUGGUUGUGACCCUGAAGACCAACAAAUGGGACGGUGUUGCUACUAGAUACUACAAAGUUGUUUAAUUUAUUUUAUUGUACCUCAAAAGUAUUAUUAGCUGCCUUUCGGACUUAUUAUAUUUACUAUUUGAAUUUAUUAUUGUUAUUAAAAUAAUUUAAUUUUACUUA